AUGGAUGAUCUCGAAAAAGCCUCUCUUAGAGAUGAAGAACUACAGAAGGUUAAGGACGCGAUUUACUCAACAAAUUGGGAUGAUGUUCCAAACGAAUACAAGACGACGACGAUUAAGGAGGAUUUGUCAUUGUUCGGGGAGUUGAUUCUUCGGGGCGAUCGAAUCGUCAUACCGAAAGCGUUAAGAGAGCAGGUGGUUCAUCUCGCCCACAUAGGACAUCAAGGGAGUACCUCCAUGAAAGCACAACUACGAGCUAAAGUAUGGUUUCCCGCUAUGGACAAGAUGAUAGACUUGGUCGUAAAAAACUGCAAACCAUGCAAAAUGACAUCUCUUCCGGACAAACAUAAUCCCAUGUCUCGGAGACUUCCUACACAGCCGUGGCAAGACAUCGCAAUAGACUUUAAAGAAGGUCUUCCUGGAGAGAUGUCCUUGCUAGUAGUAGUCUGUUACACCUCUCGUUUCAUACAAGUUGAACCGAUGAAACCAGCUACCACACAACGGGUCAUUGGAACACUACUGCAAAUGUUCAGCUCAUUCGGAAUACCAAGAUCUAUCACCGCGGACAAUGGUCCGCAAUUUAAAUCAAUUGAGUUCAAGAAUUUCUGUCUCAGCUACGGAAUACAUCUCAACCUUUCUACCCCAUAUUGGCCCGAGCAAAAUGGAGCUGUAGAAAGGCAAAUGCGGAACAUAGGAAAGCGGGUCAAAAUCAGCUCCAUUCAAGGUACGGACUGGAAAACUGAUUUAAAAGAGUACUUGAUAUUGUAUCAUUCUACACCACAAGAAACGACUGGACUGUCACCUUACAAAAUGAUGUUUGGUAGGGAGGUAUAUAAUGGUAUACCAUCAAUACAUCAACCGCCUACACUAUCCCUUGAAGCAGCGAAAGAUAAAGAUAUGGAAUUGAAGGAAUAUCACAAAAGAAUUGCGGACACUCAACGGAACGCCAAACAUCAUAAUUUGGAGAGGGUGAUACAGUGUUGA